AUGGGGGACACCACGUCACACGCCUCAAAUUUGAAUACGGCUCACAUCCACUACCAGCUGUUAGAAUUCAUGAGCCAACGACACGGACAUGCUUAUUUGGCUGUUGACAGGUUCCCACCUGGAUUAUUUGCCCAGCUAAUUGCAAUCGGCCAUCUUCGAUUUCGAGCCACGAAAGCCCUCAAGCAGUCGAGAGGCACAGAGGAUACACCCCAUGAAGCUCAAAAUGUACUUCAAAACAUCCACAGUUUCUUGCCCGAGCUGUGGGCAGAGUCGAAACCUCGAUCAAAAGCAGACUGGGUCUUGAUAGGAAGGGCAUAUCAAGCUGCAACCAUCAUAUACUGCAUUUCAUCCCUGCAAAGCCUGUCGGUGCUGCCAUCAACUCCUACACUACGAGACAGUUGCCUGAUGCAAGGCGAAAUUGUCCAGAAUCUCCUCGAAGAAGGCCUGUUGGUCCCCAAACUCCGAUGGUUCUUGUUGUGGCCACUCGUUAUACUGGGCACUCAAGCAACCUCCGCCAAUGAUACAGUGCGACGUGUAUUUGUUCGUGAUAAACUAUAUGAGAUGAGUCGAUUUAUAGGUUUGUCUAGCCCGUUGGUGGCAAAAGAAGUCCUUGAACGAUUUUGGGCGUCCGGGAAGACAAGUUGGGACGAUUGCUUCGACAAGCAGUACGUCUUUACCUCCCUGAUUGCUUUGAACGUCGGCUCGCAGAGCUAG